AUGCGUAUGGUUCUGUUGCAUCAUCGUCUUCUUCCCCAUCCUCGAAUCUCCAUCGCCACGUCGCCGGUUACCAAUCAUCGUCGAACAAGCCUUCACAUUCACGAUGUGCUUUUGAGCAUGAGAUUCGGAUUAACGCGAGCUCUCCCUCUGAAACGAUCUUUCGCCUGCUAUUCCAUCACUUCCGGAUCUAAAUCGCCGGCCACCAUGGCGACCAAGAGCGAGAAUCUCGUAGAGACUUUGACGGAGGAGAAAGAUAAGGGAGAGGAGGAUAAGAAAGAGGAGGUUUCGCUCCCUCCGCCGCCUGAGAAACCAGAGCCUGGCGAUUGUUGCGGUAGCGGCUGCGUCCGAUGCGUUUGGGAUGUGUAUUACGAUGAGCUCGAAGAAUACAACAAGCUUUCUUCUCCUUCAAUUUCUGGAGAAACCAAAUCCACCUGA